GCUGAGCAAUCCCAGCACUAAACUAAUCAAUAUUAAUAGCGAUGGGUUCGGGAGGGGGGAGGAGGGGAGAGGAGAGGAGAGAAGAGGAGGGAUUACCCUGACCUUUUUCAACUCACACUGCCUCAGACAGCCACCAAGCAGCUGAAGAGAGAGCAGCCAGACGGACCCAUCAUGUCCGACAAACCAGAUUUUGCAGAAAUUGAAACAUUUGACAAGACCAAGCUGAAGAAGACAGAAACCAGAGAGAAAAAUCCACUGCCCACUAAAGAAACUAUCGAACAGGAAAAGCAAAGUGAAAGUACAGCCUGAGCAUAAAAUUGAAGAUGUGACUGCUGCUUCUUCAGUGGGGUUUUGCCUUCUGAGUUGUUUUAUUUUGUCCCUCCCACCCCAUAUUUGUUGCCCAUUUAUUUUAGGAAGCAUUUGUUCAUUUAAUGUUCACUGAAGAAGUUUGUUUUGUGUUUGUUGAAGAAGAUACUAUGUAUUUGUAUUCUUAAAAUUAUAAUUCCAAGUUCUGUAUCAACCCCAUAAAAAAAAAAAAAACAACAAUUUGCAUAGAAAUUGUUUUCCUAAACCUCACAAUAAACAGGUUUCUUCUGAC